AUGUGGGACCAGGAGAUCAGACAGAUGGCAUCCAGCCACGCCAUCAUGGCGUCGGGGGUGUUUAUGGCGACAGUGGUGCCGGCGGUGCUAGUGCCGGGUUUCUCUGUGUAUGGGACACACCUGCUGUGGCUGUACUCUGUUGCCGGGGCCGUCGCCGUGGUCAACAUCACCCUGUUCUGGCUGCUGGGGGUCAGCCCUCCCACCAAGAAACACACUAUCACCUACAAGGUACAGAGGCAUACACACAUCUGAGGGUAUGAUCACUUUUAUAUCAGACCAGUACUGAAUAGUAUAAGCUGAUCAUCUCCUCUUCCUCUCCUCCAGGUGUCUAGGUUGGUGCGUUCCUGUCUCUACCUGCUCCUCUCCUGUCUGUUCUUCCACACUGUAGUGAUCCUGUAUGGAGCACCGCUCCUGGAGUGAGUUCUGCCACGAGUGUGUGUGUUUCCAACUGCCAAGAUUGAGUGUGUCAGAUUGUGUUGUAAGUCUUUGUUUCUGACUCUUUUCACUGUGUUUAGGACUGCGUUGGAGACGUUCUCUCUGGCGGUGUUGUUGACCAGUCUAACCACUCUGAGGUGUGUGUGUGUCCUUGGGCCCAACGUCCAGGCUUGGAUAAGAGUGUUCAGCCGACAUGGGUACUACAUCUACUUCUGA